UAGUUUUUUUUGGAAUCACUUGAAUCCCCAACCCGGAAGACCCUCGUGUCCCGACCCGCAUAUGGGAGGACGUAAAUAAUGGGUAGUGGUCAAUGGAGCCUAAACAAAGGAAUGGUGCUAGUUCUUCCUCUUCUUCCACUCCCCGUUUUAUCUUUCCGGAGAACGAGCGUGGUAUGAAAAGAGAAAGAACUGGAACAUUGUCGUUGAGAAGACCGUUGAUCCUGAAAUCAACGCUCUUUCCAGAUCUCACAGGCAUUUGACAAACUUGGGCGGGCCAUCAUGCUCACGUUGACUGGAGCGUUUUAUCCGCAGCUUGUCCGAGACUUUUACGCCAACAUUGAAAGGAAGACCGACCCAUUUGGGGACAUCAUGAGCACGGGUCAAAGGCACGACAAUCACGGUGAGUAAAAACCAACUUUGCAACCUACUUCAAAUUGUUGACGUGGGUACUCCCUUCACCAUGAACUCCAAAACGGUGAUAAGCGACCCCGCUUAUGAUGAGAUAGGAGCAAUGCAAUGCUUUGGCCUCGAAGGGGAGCUUAAGGCCCGUGUUCUCAAUACUCUGGAGAGACUUAUCGUGUACCUUCUCAACUUCAACAUCUUACCAUGGACUAGUGACACACAUAUACUUCAUCAGGUGGACGUCUACCUUCUGCACAAGAUGGUCAACGGGCUCAAACGGAUUCAAGGUGUUCCUUUGUCCCCUCUCAUCAUGAUGGACAUGAGGAGCGUCGUCAAAACUAAAAGAGGUGAUAAAAACGUUCUUUACCAUCUCUUACUUACUAUGGUAUUCAAGAGUUUCAGCGUUGACCUUACCAAUGAAGAAGUUGAAUACACGUCGAGGUCACAAGUUCUGAAUGCGGGUACUAUUAUGGUGUCCCUCCAAUUCAAAACUGGUGGAUAACACAUGGGUCCGCAAGGAUGAGGGGACCACGAGGAGCAUGAUGGUGGAGAUGAAGAAAUGGGCGAAGCUCAACCGCAACCCGCAGCCCGGCCACGACGAACUACGACACAGAGCCACAGAGUAUAGACUACCUCAUCGACUCCAUGGACAAAAUGCAUACACGUAUGAACUUGUAUGAGACCGACAAGAGGAGCUCCACACCCGUUACGAUGCUUUCGAGACCCGCCAAACGAGGAUGGAGGAGAAAUUGCAGGGCUAUGACUAAAGGUUUGGAGAAAGUUCACCCAACACUUCUACGGCCAAUUUGGGUACUUCCCUCCCGAUCCACACCACCCUUUGUUGUUAUUAUUAUGGCAUACUCUUCUCUAACACACUUAAUGGUGGAUGUUGAUGGAAGUAUUUGUUUUCUUGCAUCAUACAUUGGGACAAUGUAUUUU